GUGGUGCUUUAGCUUUCUUUUCGGAUGUGGCAUCAGAGGGUACUCUGACAUGGGCGCCGGCUGCUGGUGUGCUGCCGCAGACCUCUGAGUCUGGCAAAGGAGCGUGAGAUUGGGAGGAUGCCUACGCAGCAGCAUGAGGAGGAGGUUGCAGUGUCUGACCCAUACCAGCUGAAGGAGGAGCCACUAACAUCGGAUGAUGAGGACAAGACAAGAACAGAGGAAAGUGAAACUGAGGAGGAUGAGGAUGAGGACGCGCAGCUGCCUAAUGCUGGAUCAGACCAGGGCCUAAGCUCGUUGGGACGCACGCUCCGCAGCUUGCUGCCGAGUGAAUCCUUUGAACAGAUGGUACGUGAAGCUGAGAGGCAAGUUGAGGAGGCAUCAAGAGUUGCACUCGGUCCGAAUACCACAGUCAAGAGCUUUGGUUCUACCUUGCAGGGCACAUUCUUGGAAGGUUCUGACUUAGAUCUGUACAUAUGCAGCAGCCGCGAGUAUGAUACAAGACAUACCCAUGAUGAACAGGUGAAGAUGUUGCGAUUCUUGGAAGCGGAAUUGCGCAAAAGCUUCAAAAGCUUUGAAGUAAAGGAAAGACGCUUCGAGUGGCAUGUUCGUGUGCCGAUUCUCAUCCUUCUCUUCCAAUCUCACCAGCAUGAGCUUCAGGUGGACAUUUCUGUCGGUGAGCUGGAUCAUGUAGGGGUCCAGAAAGGCUUUGUGGACCGCUUGAUCCGAGCAGCACUUACAAAGGGAGAAGUUGCUCUACCCAUGGUCUUGCUGGUGAAGCGAUGGGCUAAAGUCGAAAACUUGAACAAGGCAUUUGAAGGGUCUCUGUCGCCUUUGGCAUGGACCUUGCUUUGCUUGUACUUUCUAAUAUGCAAAGAUCGGCUUCCCAAAGAAGCACUAGCAGUCCCUGCAGAAGAGCCAGUCCCAAGGAGGAAUGCUGUGAAGCUUUGCCAAAAUUGCCCCACGCAGCAGGAGCUGUCCGACUUUUUCGACAUGGUUUCAGAGUUGGGGCAAAAAGCCCAGGCAACGAAGGCGGCGCAUGAGACAGGACCAUUUGGCGUUUCACUGCUGCCUUGGAAGGAGUGCCAUGGAGAGACUUCAGACAAGGCCUUUUUCUUCAUAGAAGAUCCUGCUGCGAGGCUUCGUGGCAUCACAGUAAACGUGGCAAGAGGGGUGAAGGAUCAGGAGCGGUGGAAGAACCUGCUUAAGAGAUGCGAAGGUGCUCGGAACCUACUUCGAUCGAAGGUCUUCAAUAGUGACAACUUUUUGCGGCAAAGGGCGAAGCAGGUGCCCCAAGGCCAAGCCAAGAUCAAGGCGAAGCCAAGGCCACAGCCGCCGCGGCCAGAAAAAAAACCAAUGCCCAAGCCGCCACAGACACGCGUGCCAGCGCCCCUCAAGCCGGGUGUUGUCAAAGCAUCUCCACCACCAGGUGUGAAUGGCAGACAGCAGGACGCUACUCUCCAGAAGGACAAGCGCGACGGCCACUGGCGGGCUCGCUCUUCCGACUGGCGAAACGCCAAGAGGAGUCGUACAUACAGCUGGCAGCAGCAGGAGCAGCAAGGGUGGCAAAGAACGCCCAGAAUGACCUGGAACGUGUGAAUGGGCUGCUGACAAAUGCAGCUGAAGCGCAGCUGUGAACAUUUGUGUUGACGAUUUCUGGCAUCUCCACGACGAAAAAGGAAAACAAUAUGCAACAUGUACAUACGCAAAAGAAGCCCCGGCUUUACUGACUUAGAAUUUAUGGAUUUCUUGCUUCGC